CGUCGCCACGAGUGCCCUACCUGCGGGAAAAGGUUCAAAAAAAAAUCCCACGUCCGCAACCACCUCUUGACGCACACCGGCGAACGCCCCUUCCACUGUAAGGAGUGCGGCAAGAGUUUCAACUCUCAAGCCAACCUUCUCCGGCAUCGCCUCACCCACACCGGCGAACGCCCUUACGAAUGCGACGUUUGCCACAAACGCUUCACCCAAUCUUCCACCCUUCGCCAACAUCUCUUCGUCCACAGUCGCCGUUAUCCCUACAAAUGCCCGGAGUGCGGCGUUCGUUUUCACCGCCCUUACCGCCUCCUCAUGCACCGCUACCACCACACCGGCGAAUAUCCUUACAAAUGCCAACAAUGCGGUCGCUCUUUCCUUCUCCGCCGCCUCUUGGAAGUCCACGAGCUCAGCCACCUUGGCCGUCAACCUCACCUCUGCGCCGCUUGCGGCGCCGCUUUCGCCACCCCGCUCCGUCUCGGCGAACACAAGUGCGGCAAAGCCAACCGUCGUUUCGAGUGUCCUACUUGCGGGAAGAAGGUAGGCUCGGCCGCG